UAUAUAAUGUCCCCUAAUGUCUGUCCAUCUCUUUAAACUUAAGGAUGCUGAUGUCCAGGCAUUCCUGGAGGAGGCCACCGUGUUAGACCCCAGAUUUAAAACAAAACUGGAUAAGGAAGAGAUCUGGGACAGGGUCAGGGAAGCAGCAGUGGCAGCAAACUCGGAGGCAGCUGCAAAUGAGUUGUCAGAGCAAGGAGAGACACAGAGGCAGGGGGAUGAAGAGGGGGAAGAAGAUGACGAUACACCAGCCGUAAAGCAGAGUAAAAGGACAGCCUUGGAGGAACUCUUUGAAGAGGAGGACCGUGAGCUGAUCCCUGAGUCCAUGGCCCAGAGAGUCCAUCAAGAGGUCCAGCUGUACAGAAGUCUGCCCUCCAUCCCCUCUACAAAUCACGCCACCCUUUGGUGGUGGCACAAGAGAGACACUUUAUCCCUGCUGUCAGGUUUGGCUGAGUCAUAUCUUUGUGUUCAGGCAUCCUCCAGCCCAUCUGAGAGAGUGUUCUCCACGGCUGGAGACACAAUAAGUCCUGAGAGAUCGCGUAUCCUCCCGGAGAAAGCAGACAUGCUUAUUUUUCUGCACAAGAAUUGUUUAUGAUGGUUGCACACUUGGUAUUUGCCACUGCUCGUUUCAUUUUUGGCAGCUCAGUUCUUGUUAAUAUACCCUUUAAAAAAAAGGAAGGAGCACUUUAAUUUCUAGUUUAAAUUAAACAGAAUACAUUUUAUUUAAGUUAUGUACUGUAAGUUUUAUUUUAAGUUCAAGAGGAAUAUGUAUAAA